AUGGUUACUGACUCUGAUCUUCUAGUCGGCGUCAAACUAACAAAACUAAAGAAUACAAACUACUUAGGCACCCUUAAUAACUCUUCAAACAACAAUUUUUCUAACAAUUCUUCCAAUGACUCACCCAAAUUCGUCUACGACAACCAUGAAAACGGUUCUUCCAACCCCCCAAAAGACGGUGGCAAUAAAGUGAAUAUCUGGGACUAUAUAAACUCCUUGGAAAAAAAGAAUCGAUGCUUAAACUGCGAGAAGCACCAUUUUAAAAACAAGGAAACAAAGGUAUGCACAAAAUGCUCUCCCAUCUGCAAACGAUUCAAGUGUAUUCACUGCAAGGAGGAGUUUGCCGCACACAAAUUUUGCAAAAAAGCCGAAAAGAUCUACAAAAGGACUCUCUGCCUGAACUGCGCCAAGAACAUUGCAACCUACAACAGCGACCCUAAGCUCUGCCGCUACUGCAACUGCUGGGCCUCGUGGCGCGAGAGUUCCGAGUGUGACCGCUGUUUUAAAUUCCUGGAGAAGUUUGGAAACCCAACCAACUGUGAAAUGUGCAACAAGAACUCCUCCUUCAACACCGAAAACAACUUGAACAAGAUUUACAAUAACCUCAAGCUGUGCUACCUUUGCAUUUACGAGUUUAAGAAGAACGACUACUACAUGAAGAAGAAAUUCAAAAAGCACAAGAAGCCACAGGACGGCCAGCCUGAAAAUAAAUAA